AUGGCUUCGCCCUCAGCCACAGACUCUCCAGAAGAGGAGAGCACCGAUGUCCCCGAGGUGACGCAAGCAGAGACGAGAGUGGCCGUGUCGCGACUCCGGGUUAAGAACACAGCGCCCGGACCCGACGGAGUUCCUGGUCGAGCUCUCGUCCUGGCUCUGAAGGAGCUAGAGCCCCAGCUGAGAGGGCUCUUCACGGCAUGUCUCGAGCAGGGUCAGUUUCCCAGUGUGUGGAAGGAGGGGAGGCUGGUCCUGCUCAGGAAGGAGGGGCGCCCCGCGGACUCACCGUCCGCGUACCGGCCCAUAGUGCUGUUCGACGAGGCGGGCAAAUUUUUUGAGCGUAUCAUCGCAGAUCGCCUCGUCAGCCACUUGUGCAAAAAGGGGCCGGACCUGGAUGACAACCAGUUUGGUUUUCGUCGCGGGCGCUCCACCAUAGACGCUAUUACGCGCGUGAGAGCCCUGGCGGAGGAGACAGUAUCCCGGGGUGGGGUGGUGCUGGCGGUGUCCUUAGACAUCUCCAACGCUUUCAACACCCUACCCUGGAGUUGUAUUCAAGAGGCGCUGAAUUACCAUCGCGUGCCUCCCUACCUCCGCCGCACAAUAGGGGCCUACCUUGAGGACAGAUGCGUUACCUAUUGGGGACGUGACGGCGCUGGUCGGCGCGUCAUGUCGUGGGGUGUUCCGCAGGGAUCGGUCUUGGGACCGCUCCUGUGGAACAUCGGCUACGACUGGGUGCUGAGGUGA